UGUACACAGUAAUGUAUAUCCCCCCUCCCCUGUACUCCAUUAUAGUGAUAGGACAUGUUGUAUACAGUACUUACUGUCCCCCCCGAGUCCCCCGCAGCGGUGGAGAGGGUGUCUCCUCUCAGCGGAGGAGAGCGGACCUGUCCCCUAGGCGGCGGUGCCGCAGAAGCCGGAAACCGGAAGUUGUCAACCGGAACUCGGCUUCACAAUGAGGCUUGGAUGGCAGGUGCACCGCUCGCUACAGAGGAAUUUCUCCUUGCAUUUGGUGGGCAGGCGAGCGGCUUUUUCAAGCCCGGUGUU